AUGUACAUACAGCCUUAGCCUCCCUGAGGUCAAGCCCACGAGGACCCUGAGCUUUUCCAUGCUGGAAACAAAGCAUGGGGCUGUUCCAUGCUGGAAGACAAGCCAGGAGCCAGAGGUGACCACAGUGCUGGGAGCAGUGACCUCCUGGUUCAGGGCACACCCCCACGGCACCAGAGUGGGAGAGCCUUGGUGGGAACAGCUGCUUCCCGCGAUGUGCAGGGCUGUCAGAGGAGGUUCCUGCUGUCUGGGAAAUCCACCCAGGAGAUCGGAGCAGCAGGGGACAGGAGUGCCCCCAGUGCAGUGCAGGGCCCAAUCAGGCACAGGGACACUGUAGGGACAGUGCAGCUCCGUGGGGACAGGCAGGGGCCCUGCAGCUCCCAGAAGAGGGGGUGCUGCUGGGGUGGGGUCCCAGGUGAGUCUGGCUGGGGCAGUUGGGGUCUGAGGGCCCUGACAGGGACCUUUGCUGAGCACGUGUGGUGAGAGGAGUCCUGCUCCAUCCUGCCUGUGCUCAUACCUCCAGGAAUGCAGGACAUCCCUAGCCUGACCUGCUCAAGGUGGGUCCAAGGUGGUAGAAACCCCUAGGAAUAGAGGCUGCACAGCCUCUCUGGCCUCCUUCCCACUGCUCCUCUGUCCUCAGGGUGGAAAUUCUCCCUUUAUCCAGUCAGAGCCUUUCUAGUUUGAUGUUGUGUCUGUUCUCUCAUUCUGCACCCGAGCACAAACGUUGGCCCAACCCUCACAGCCGCCUCCUCUUUGCAGGUGUUGAGGGGCUGCUGAGGCCCUCCCAAAGGUUCCCUUCUCCAGGAAAUGAGCUCCAUUCCCUCUGUCUCCAUGCACAGGAUGUGCCUUGGUGUCUCCCUGCUGUCCUUGCUUUGUGCCACCCACACCCUAUGGACUCCUCUGACAAAGCAGGACGAGGGAGGACGAGCACAGAGAGAGAUCCGUGACCUUGUGGCUUCGCGCAGUUCGCAAAAGCGCUCCGGGAACUUGAUGUGCGCGGACUGCCGGCGGCCUCGGGCGCUGCGGGGCACGGACGGAGCCAUGAGUGCCCGGGACACUUAGCGCCAUGCCGGCCCCGGCCCUGCUCCCGGAGCCGCGGCACCAGCCCUUCGCCCAGGAGCGGUUCGUGCUGCGUGCCCGCUGUGCUGCGAGCCGUGUCCUGGCCGGGAGGCGCAGCCCCGGCCCCGCCGUGUGAGCCGAGCCCGCAGAGCCCCGCCGAGCCCCGCCGAGCCCGCUGUCCUGCGCUGUGCUGGGGAAGCUCGGCGCUGUCCGGAGAUGAGUGCGCGCAGCGCGGUGUCCCCGUGGCCCGCAGGCAGCCCCGGGCGAGGGCUGGCCCGGCAGAGCUGCUGACAGCCGCGCUGCCCCAGAGAGCUGCGGAAGGCGCUGCGGGAAGCCCCGGGGCCGCAGCCGAGGGACGGCAUGGCGGUGAGCAUGGACGAUGAUGUCCCGCUGAUCCUCACCCUGGACGACAGCGGGAGCAGCGCCUCAGCCCCUCUGGAUGAGCUGGAUCGGGAGGAGCUGCCGAACGAAAAUGGAGGCAGCUAUGACGUUGUCAGUGAUGCCUCCAGCCCCGCGGCCAGGGAGUGCUGCGCCCAGCAGAGCUCUGCCCGCCACAACUGGGAGAUGAACUACCAAGAGGCAGCCAUCUACCUCCAGGAAGGAGAAAAUAACGACAAGUUCUUCACUCACCCCAAAAAUGCCAAAGCACUCGCUGCCUACCUCUUUGCACACAACCACCUUUUCUACCUGAUGGAGCUGAGCACGGCCCUGCUGCUGCUGCUGCUGUCCCUGUGCGAGGCCCCAGCCGUCCCCAUGCUCCGCCUGGGCAUCUUUGUCCACGCUACCCUGGAGCUGUUUGCGUUAAUCGUGGUCGUCUUUGAGCUCUCCAUGAAGAUGAGGUGGCUGGGCUUCCAAACCUUUAUCAGGCACAAAAGGACUAUGGUCAAGACGUGUGUGCUGUUGGUGCAGUUCAUCGAGGCCAUCGUGGUGCUGGUGCGCCAGACCUCGCACGUGCGCAUCACCCGCGCCCUGCGCUGCAUCUUCCUCGUGGACUGCCGCUACUGCGGGGCUGUCAGAAGAAAUCUGCGACAGAUCUUCCAGUCCCUCCCACCAUUUAUUGACAUCCUUCUCCUCCUGCUUUUCUUCAUGGUGAUUUUUGCUAUUCUGGGUUUUUACUUGUUUUCCCCAAACCACUCAGAUCCAUACUUCAAUACCUUAGAGAACAGCCUGGUGAAUCUCUUUGUGCUUUUGACCACUUCAAAUUUCCCUGAUGUGAUGAUGCCGUCCUACGCCCGCAACCCCUGGUCCUGUGUCUUCUUCAUCGUGUACCUCUCCAUUGAGCUCUACUUCAUCAUGAACCUGCUUCUGGCUGUUGUGUUUGACACUUUCAAUGACAUUGAGAAGAGGAAGUUCAAGUCCCUGCUGCUGCACAAGCGCACGGCCAUCCAGCACGCGUACCGGCUGCUGGUCACCAAACAGAGGCCAUCUGGAAUUUCCUUCAAGCACUUUGAAGGGCUGCUGCGGUUCUACAAGCCUCGGAUGUGUGCCAGGGAGAGAUAUCUCACCUUCAAAGCACUGAACCAGAGCAAUACUCCUUUAGUCAGUCUGAAGGAUUUUUACAAUUUCUAUGAAGUUGUUGGCUUAAAAUGGAAGGCCAAGCGGAACCGCGAGCACUGGUUCGAUGACCUGCCACGGACUGCCUUCCUUAUUUUCAAAGGCAUCAACAUCCUGGUGAAGUCCUGUGUGUUCCAGUACACCAUGUACACUGUGGUGGCUGUGAAUGGAAUUUGGAUUCUUGUUGAAACCUUCAUGCUUCAAGGAGGGAAUUUCUUCUCCAGGAAUGUCCCUUGGAGCUACAUAGUCUUCCUCACAAUCUAUGGCGUGGAGCUGCUCCUGAAGACCACUGGGCUGGGGCCUGUGGAGUACCUGUCCUCAGGCUGGAAUCUCUUUGACUUCUCAGUCACCCUGUUUGCAUUUUUGGGGCUCAUGGCACUGGCAUUCAACAUGGAGCCCUUUUACUUCAUCGUGGUCCUGCGACCCCUCCAGCUGCUGAGGCUGUUCAAGCUGAAGAAACGCUACAGGAACGUGCUGGACACCAUGUUUGAGCUGUUCCCUCGCAUGGCCAGCCUGGGUUUAACCCUGCUGAUCUUCUACUAUUGCUUUGCCAUCGUUGGCAUGGAGUUCUUCGCUGGCGUGGUCUACCCGAACUGCUGCAACACAAGCACGGUCGCAGAUUCCUACCGCUGGGUGAACCACACAGUUGGCAACAAAACAGUUGUGGAAGAAGGUUAUUACUAUCUCAACAACUUUGACAACAUUCUGAACAGCUUUGUGACGCUGUUUGAGCUGACGGUGGUCAACGACUGGUACAUCAUCAUGGAAGGGGUGACAUCCCAAACCACUCACUGGAGCCGUCUGUACUUCAUGAUCUUCUACAUUGUGACCAUGGUGGUGAUGACAAUCAUCGUGGCUUUCAUCCUGGACGCUUUUGUGUUCCGCAUGAACUACACUCGGAAGAACCAGGAUUCAGAAGAAGAUAAUGGCAUUGUUCUGGAGAAGGAGAUCUCCAAGGAGGAGGUGAUUGGCAUAAUUGAGCUGUACAAGAGGACUUCAGCUGCCACUGAAACAGCUCAGCUGCAGAAGAUCGUGUUGCAGAUGGACAAAUAUGGGCAAAUGUCCACAGUGUUCCUGGGACGCAGGUCGAGGACCAAGAGUGACCUGAGUAUGAAGAUGUAUGAGGAGGAGAUCCAGGAAUGGUAUGAGGAGCACUCCAGGAAGGAGGAAUCUCAGACACCAGUGCAAGAGCCUGCAUCUGCUGCCAGCAGCUCCCUGAAGCCCCUGAGCCUCCGGCAGCGCUCCCAGACUGUCAUUUAGGCCCAGCUAACACAGCCACCUUCUAUGCAAUAACCUAGAGUAUUCCUGCCCAGCCUGGGUUUUGGGAGGGUGUAUAUAGAUCUGUCAGUGUACCAGCGUAGGGAUCAAAUCUUGCCCCCAGCAGUGGUUGCUGAGAAGCCAGAGGCCCAGGGGGCUCGGGGGAAGGCUGCUGCACACAGAUGGAGUGUGAUGCCAUGCUCAGCACAUCUGGGCAGAACAGAGCCCUUGUCCCUCUGAGCCCCUUCCCAGGCUCCAGCUGCUGCUGCUUGUCUUAGCACUAACAGACCUUGGGGAAAGGGAUGUGUAAUCCAUUAACAGCAGGGAAUUUGCUGAAGUCACCUGCUUAACAGUAAAGCUUGGGCCCUUUUAGAAGAUCCCUGUUGUUCAAAGGGUACCAUUAACCUAGGGACAAAAGAUCAGGGAGUGAGUUUUUGUUUCUGCUCCACCUUCCUUACAAAGAAAGGGGAGGUGGUGUGAAAUCUCAGCACUUUUGGAAGGGCAGCCUGCCCUCCCCCUCCUUUUUGGCACACCUAGAUGCACUCCUCUAGUAGCUCCAGCUCUGUAGUAGCUCCAGCUCUGAUUACUGAAUUUUGCUGUCCCCAAGUAGUUCUGAGGCAGAACUGAGGGCCAGCACCCCAUCAUGCUGUGGCCACAGGUGGGGCAGGACUUUGGAGACUGUCUCUGCAUCACUGCUGGUCAGUCCUGCCCGUGGCACUGCCUGGGCUUGGGCUCACCUCUGCAAACCCCAGAGCUCCUGGUUUUGCUCAGGGAGGGGGAUUCUGCAGGGUGACAUGGCUGUGGGGCUCUGCCACUUGGCCACCUGCCCUGGGAAACCUCUCUGGCUGGUCCUUAGCUGGCAUAAAUGACUGGGAAGAAGAGUGGAAGGUUUUGCAGCUCCAAGUCUGGCUUUUUUCUGCUGGCUCUGGGUUAAGCAGAGCUCCUGGGCAUCACACAGUCCUGCUGGUCAGUCCUCAUUCCAGCUGAGCAAGUCCCAGCCCAGAGUGGGGCUCCUCCCUUGCAGGAAUGUUUCUCAGGCUGGAAAAGAUCAGCUCAGUCGGGUGUUGGGAAGAUCCACUGAAGAGCUCUACUGUUCCCCUGGGUUUUGGAUGCAGGAGGAAUGUGGAAGUCAAGGAUUCUUCUCACCUGUCUGCUUUUCUGCACCUGAGAGCUGAGGGAUGAAGAGGAAGGGGGAGAAGGGAUCCCUUCCCAGCUCUGCCACGUUUGUGGGAUUGUGGCAGUUGUGUCAUCCUUUGAACCUGUCUCUCCAAGUCCCUCUUUUCCCUGUCAGCACUGGAAGUUCUGAGGGCUGGAGUUCCCUGGCAGCUGGGAGGUUCCCUCACCUCUUGCUGUUUGAUCUUUCCUCAGGUUCAGACUAAGAGUUGAGCUUCCUGAGGAGGCUUCCCCCUUCUCCCAGUGCCCCAGGCAGUGGGAGAUGUGUGUCCCCAUCCCCUUUGUCCCACAUGCCUCUCUUUCCUUGGUGGCCUCACCUCGUGGCACAAGGACAGCAGGAGAGGGCUGAUCCCACCUGGGCAGCUCAGGAGCAUUUCCUAGGUGGGUGAGACUUUCAGAGGGAGGCAAGACAGAGCUGCUUCUGGAAAUCUCUCCCUCCAUGGCACGGUGGGAGCGCUUGGAAGGAGUGGGAGAGGAGCACACACGCACCAGUGGCUGCUCCCAACCCUUGCCAAACUCCCUGGGUGCCUGACGGCAACUCUUUGUUUUCUUUCUGGAUACUUGCGGGUAUGAAACUACUUCUGAGCUGACCCAUGAAGGACCUUAAAGGGCUGUUUUCCAAACCAUAAAUUCAACCACAAAUUAAGGAGCAGUGCAGUUGUUGCUCUUGCAGUUGCUCUGCGUGGAGUCGCAGCCCGGGAGGUUUAUCCAGAUUAGUCCUGGGGCUGCAGGAGAUGAUGUUUAUUGUGCUUUUACUUGUGGCCAGGAUGAAUGAGCAUUAUGAAGGUUAGUGGGGAAGAAAAUGUGGCUGUGGUUAAUCUCCACAUUCCCCUACAGCUGAUUUCUCCUGGCAGGGCUAUCAGUGACUUUUUUUUUUUUCUUUGGGGGGUGUUUUCUGGGUGUGAAAGGAGCUGUGGCUUUAAGCUGUGCUGAGGAAGGCACUGAGGGCUGAUCAUGCAAUAAAGGGCUCCCUGGAGGGCUGGGGGUCAGGGUGCUGCCUCCAAGGUGUUGAUCCUCCCCCACAUACCCCCUGUGUUCAUUAUUUUUGUAUAACCAAGGAGGGCAGCAGCAGUUUGCUUCUUCCAUAUGACUUUGGAAGGAAACAAAGUUUGAGUACGGGGCAUCCCCUUCUAUUUAUCCUCCUCUCCCUCCCCCCACACAGACUGACAAUGGAGACAAUCAUUUUGUAGGGAGCACGGGAGGAAGCACUGCAGGAUUUUGUAUGCUGGUGUUUUGUUUAUAAAAACCUGAUUUUAUGGACGUGUCUGUCAGAUGUUCUCUAGAUUUUUUUCAGGCGCACUAAUAAAGAGCAUCCUCGGCUUCGUAAA